CGUUUUCGGAAGCCACACUGCUGUGCACCCUGAGAGCGAGCGGGACGCGCACAGCUGGAGAGCGCGCGAUAGAGUGAGAGUGGCAGUGAGACAAUGGGAUGAUUGAGCAGAAAAUUCCCGUGCAGUCAAUUUUGUGGGUAGUUUUUAGUUGAUACCUUUCGCUUGCACUGUGCAAUUUCCGCGAUGGCCCCCGCCUGGUGAUCUCGCGCGCCCCGCGGAACGAGACAAUAGGGCGCUCAGGCGAUGUGUGGUGCAGUGAAGAAUUUCGUGACGCAGAAGUGACAAUAUGAUGCCGAAGAACGAUAGAAAAAUGGCCCCAGUCGCUGUCCAAAGUUCAGAGACACUCGUCAACUCCGAGUCGGACACGGGUUCUGGGCGCUCCACCUCGACACUGCAGUCGCCAGGCAUUGCAGGGCGCGCCCCCAUGUUCGACGCCCUCAAGGACUUGUGCGUGAACAAUGUGAACUUCUUCAGGCGCGACGACUCCGCCACGGGCCUGCGCCUCCACGGCGCCUUCCUGGCGCUCGUGGAUCACAUAGAGAAAGCCAGGCCGCUCGUGGAGCAGAUCAGCAGCUUCGCCCACGAGUACGACUUCGACAGUGAGACGCCCGGAAACGGCUACAGGAGCUUCAUCAAAGUUAUCGAUUGUUGCAUAAUGCACAGCAUUAAACUGUGCCGAGUCGUGCUGGAGAGUCGCAGCUCAAUCCUCUUCCGGAAGACGCUCUACACCAAAGAAGUCGAGGCCAGCAGUCAUCUUCUGGCCAGUCUCUGCGUCAUCCUGGACCACCUGAUGACUCUGCGGACAUGGAGCUCUGAGGGCAGCCUCUUCAGUGACCACACAGCAGAAGAACUCCUGGCCCACGGAGGAGCCAUCAACCAAUACUGUUUCUAUGGACGCUGCCUCGGAUUUCAAUUCUACGACUCCAUUCGUGGUGCUCUCAAGUUUGUCUCCAGCUGCAUGGCGGGCUUCUCAGAGGGCUACUAUUCCGAGGGCAAUCGUCUGACCAAGACAACCAGCUCCAUGUGGACGAGCGGCAAGUUCCUCCUCGAUCCGGAGCUGCGCGCCCGUCGCGUUGUGAACCUCUCGCAGAACUCUGAUGUGCACUUCUGCAAAGCCUUCUGGUUCCUGGCUGAGUCUGAGUUCAUGUACAGUGUGCCGAGUGUGAUCGGAACGGCGAUAAAGGUGAACAAGGUCGUGACGAUUCCGCCGGAGCCGCUGAAGCUGCCAAGUGCCGCCGGAGAUGGAUUUGUGGACAUUCCCAUCCCGUUCAGCCACCUGGGUCCUGGUCCAGUGACCGCCCGGCUGCUGAGCUACAACUUGCGCCAGGGAAUGAUGGGCGAGCGGAGCCACCGGUGCAGCUCCACUCUGCCGCCGUCCAAGGGAUUGAUCAUUCACUGCCACGGUGGUGGAUUCGUUGCUCAAAGCUCCAAAUCCCAUGAGCUCUACUUGAGAGACUGGGCGUAUGCUUUAAACGUUCCAAUAUUGUCAAUUGACUACAGCCUGGCGCCGGCUGCUCCCUUUCCACGUGCCUUGGAGGAGGUCUUCUACGCCUACUGUUGGGCACUCAAUAAUUGUGAAUAUCUCGGAACCACUGGUGAAAAGAUAAUCCUCGCCGGUGACUCAGCGGGAGCCAAUUUGAAUCUAAGCUGCACGCUGAAGUGCAUAGAUUUUGGAAUUAGAAAACCCGACGGUGUUCUGUUGAUGUACUGUCCGGUUCUCGUGAGCUUUGUCGUUAGUCCAGCACGUCUUUUGUGCUUGAUGGAUCCACUAUUGCCAUUUAGCUUUAUGAUGAGUUGCUUGAAAGCUUACACGUGCCCAAAUGAGGAUGACGAUGGUAAGAUUGAGAGGAAUCGCCGUCGUGUGACACAGUUGCUCAAUACCAGCAAAGCCACAUCCGUUCAUGCCUCCUCCUCGAGCACCACAAUCACACCCAAUGACUCCAAGAUUGUGGUGAUACAGAAGACCUCAGAUUCUGACUCCACCAAUAGAACGGACGCCACUGUGAUGGCGCAGAAUGCUAAGGAAUCGUCGGAGAAGUUGGUUGAGAAUGACGAUCAGCUCUCUGAUCUGUCACUGGACACCUCCACGUGGGACAGAUUGUCCGAUACGGACUUCCACAAUGCCUCAGCGCCCUUCAAGAGUCCCAUGAGCGACACCAUCAGUGACACAAUGGCGUCAGCCUCGCUCAGAAGUCACACGCUCGGGAACACGGAGGUUCCCAGUCCGGAUGAGAGCAAUGGCACGUCUCUGGAAGAGGAUUCACAGCCCAUCACCAUUCACAAGCCAACUGAAAAUGGUCUGGAGCAUGAAUUCAUUGAGGAGUACCACCACGUGGACGUCCACGAAGAGGCAAUGAGCCAACCAUCUGAAUACGUUUCCAGCUUUAUUGAGAGAUACAACCUUGAGAAGGAUGACGAGGAGCUGAGGCGAAUUGAGUGUGUCUCGAGGACCAUUUCUGAGGAGAACAUUAUUUUCGAAGUUGGCAAAGACACUCUGAGUGUGGAUUUCCUCAAGGAAAGCUUCCAGAAAAUAGCUACAAAGUUGUUUAGUGUUGUUAGCCGACCGAUAAGUUACGUGCUAAAUUCCAGACAUGCCUCACCGUCCGGCAAGCGCAAUUUCGAUUCGCUGCAGGCGAAGAGUCCAUCUGAGGAAUUUAUAUUUCAUGUACCAAAGGACCCCUACAUCUCGCCCUACUUCGCCACCGACGACGUACUCAAGGAAAUGCCACCGAUUAAGAUUAUUACCCUCGAAAUGGAUCCCUGCCUCGAUGACUGUGUAAUGUUUGCCAAGAGGCUCAAGAGUGUGGGCAAUCCAGUGGGACUGGACAUACUCGAGGGAUUGCCACAUGGCUUUCUCAACUUCACCGCUCUCUCCAAGGACGCCGCCCAAGGAUCUAAGCUCUGCAUCGAGCGCAUGGCGGAGUUGAUGGACAUGAAAGUACCUGUCGACAAGACAAAAACCUGUUGUUGAACACCACACGCGCUAUAUAUACUCACAAAAUCGUUACGAUAUUAUAAUCACACUUCUCUCGGUCAUUUUGUUGUCCCAUCUUUGUUACAACUUUUACUAUAUUGGCGCCCUGCCCCCACUUCCAGCGUGAAGACGUGUGUAUAAAGUGAAAUACAAGGCAAUUUUUCCGAUGGUAUUUUAAUAUAUAAUAAAGAUUAUAUUGGUUAA